UAGGCGCCCUGGGGGCUGGCAGGUCCCUGGCCCCAAGAUGGCGGCGCCCAGCGCAGUGGCUGCUGCUGCCUCCAGCGAGAGAGAUGGAGGGGGCAGCGGCUUUGAAUCGUGGCUAGAUGGACGGUUGGAGGCGCUGGGAGUGGACCGAGCCGUUUAUGGCGCCUACAUCUUGGGUGUCCUGCAGGAGGAGGAGGAAGAAGAGAAGCUGGAUGCUCUGCAGGGUAUUCUCUCUGCUUUCCUGGAAGAAGAUUCCCUCCUUAAUAUCUGCAAGGAGAUUGUGGAACGAUGGUCAGAAACUCAGAAUGUUGUCACCAAAGUGAAAAAAGAAGAUGAGGUCCAGGCCAUUGCCACCCUCAUUGAGAAGCAGGCACAAAUCGUGGUGAAGCCCAGAAUGGUGUCAGAAGAGGAGAAGCAGAGGAAAGCUGCCCUUCUGGCCCAGUAUGCUGAUGUGACAGAUGAAGAGGACGAAGCGGAUGAGAAGGAUGACUCGGGCGCCACCACGAUGAGCAUUGGCUCUGACAAAUGUAUCCUUCUCUGUGUCCAUCUCCAGGUGUUGCUCCAUAGGAUCUUCUUGUGGCUCUGUUCCGAAACACCAAUGUGGAAGAUGUCCUCAAUGCCCGAAAACUGGAGCGAGACACGCUUCGGGAUGAGUCCCAGAGGAAGAAGGAACAGGACAAGCUGCAGAGGGAGAGAGACAAACUAGCCAAGCAGGAACGCAAGGAAAAGGAAAAGAAAAGGACACAAAGAGGGGAGCGAAAGCGAUAACCUUGGUCCACUCUAUUUCUCCUAAUGAACUUGGUCAAAGGGAGACCUGGUUGUGCAUUUGUGUAUUUAAGAGAAAUGAGAGAACAUUGCCAGGUAGUUUCCCAAGGCAUUUCCCCUUUUGUUUACAUGGUCACAAGGAAAAUCACAAUUCUAGCUAAUUACGAAAUGUGCCAUGUCUCUGUGUGGUGUGGGUAAUCAUGUUAUUGUAGCUGAUGUCUGAACCAAAGAUCUGGGAUGGGGACAGCCUCUAUAUUUUAAUACUGAAGUCCUGUACUCCUUUUGACCACUUUAAAAAGUCUUCCCUUACCUUGGAUAAACAGCAGGAUAAAACUCAGAAAGCUGAGUUUUUGUCCUGAAAGAGCUGAAUCAUGACCACUCCUUCCCUGAGAUGAAUUGUAGGAGUGUCAAUUGCUUCAGAAGUAUUAUUCACAUCUAAAUAAAUGGUUUUAUGGCUGAAAUAGGAAGCUAAUGAAGAGCCCUACCCGGAUCGACUUUUAUGUUACAUGGCAACAAAAUAGGAAAAUAAGAAAAGGGUAUUUGGUGGAUGUUCUGCAUAUGAGAUUUUUUUUUUAAGUUUCAGCCUAUGAUAGGAAACAAAGUUUCUUUUAGUAAGAGAUAGUUAUAUAUUUUUCCUCACCUAGGCUGUGAUUUUAAGAAGGAUGUGUCAGUAUUGAGUGCAGGGAAUCAUCAUUAGCUAGAUUCAUUUUUUUAUAAUCAUGAAUCCUCUUGAGUGCUAGUAGAGAUUUUAACCCUGAUCUGCCCUAAUACAAGGACCUGAUAAUUACAGGUUUAGAGAAACCCUUUGAAGGAAAAACACUGAAAAUCUCUGCUAACACAAAGAUAAUUUAAGAGUGUACAUAGUAGGUGCUCAACAAAAUGUAUUGAAUGACUAAGUGAAUGGAAAAACUGCUUGGGAGAGUUGAAAGUGAGUAGGAACUCUCCUCCAUUUCUACUUUUGUCACAAACCACAUUUGGUUGUAAGUAGCCCUUUCUCUACUUCAGGAAGCAGACUGUCAAGAAGCCUGAAGAGAGCAAUUUCUCUGUCAAGACAGAAAGUCGAUACAUUAUACCAGGGGUGGGCAAACUACUGCCAAAUUUGGUCGUUUGUUUUUGUAUGGUUUGAGCACAUUGGAUCACACAUUUUUAAAGGGUUGUAAAAGAAACAACAUGCGACAGAGACCUUAUGUGACCUAUAAAGUAUAAAAUACUUACUACCUGGCCCUUCAGAGAAAAUGUCUGCUGACCUCUGUUUUAUACCAUUAACUAUGAGAUUAACAAAAAUUUUUACUGUUCCACAGAAGGUAAAAAACAUGGUUAAGGAAAUGACGUGUCACCCCUAUACACUCCUAUAACCGUGUCAUUGUAAAAUUUUUAAAAAAAAUAACCAGCUUUUUAAAAAAUAAACUAUUUAAAUCAGUA